CAGUCAGGUGCGGUGCGCUCACCCGCUACCAGCAUUUGUGACCCGUGAUGUGUUAAAAUUCUCAAUCAACCACACUAACUCGCCAUGUCGUGUCAACUUGUUCGCCUAGCUUCUAUCAGCGACCUCAAUAUAGUCAAGUCAACUCUGUUCCCCAAUGCUGAGGAGGCCGAAGAAAACAAGAAGACGUACCACGAGGCCUGGGACUGGCCCGUAGAAAGCUUCGAGCCAGAACCCGACAAGAAAGCGGCGAAGGAAGAGAACAGGUGGCUCCAGGAAUGCAUCACGGCAUUGUCCCCGACUGCGGACGUUCUUGCGUUUGGGCGACGGUGGAGUGCCGUUUUUCUUACCGCCAAGCACGGCGUCACGUCUCGGAGCGACUGGAAGUAUGAGAUCUCUUUCUGUGGUCAACUCAAGUCGCCUAAUGGUGGCGACAUCACAGCCAUGCUCUGCCUGCCUCUCAGCUCUCAAAAAAGGAGUUAUCAAGGUGCUCCUGACUGGACAUGCGUGAUUGUGGGCUUUCGAUCCGGCCACAUUCAGAUCUACACUGAUGAUGGAAAAAUGCUGCUGACCCAGUUGUUGCACGAGGAACCCGUGCUGCAGCUCAAGUGCCAAACAUACGCUCCACCCCGUUUCGGAGGAUUCAACGAACAGCCCGAUGAACUGAGCGUGGUCUACCCCCGUGCCGUCGUCUGCGUCGAGGGCUUUGGUCUGUUCCAGACCCUGAGGGCUUGCCGGAAUCAACUGGCAAGAACAGCAGCUGGAAACCAGGCUUCGGUGAUUCCACCGCCCCUGAGUUACAAGAAGUGGGGGCCACAAGACGCGCGGAAUGUCAGAGACUGCGAGAUUGCAGGUACGGUGCUGCCCAGCCUGUUUGACCAGAUGGUGACCGAGUCGAUCCGCAAGGCAAACGGCGGCAAGGUUCGCUACUCGGCGGCAUCGUCCAGUCUGCUUCUCGCCACCGGGUCGGACCCUUAUCUGGCCUUCUACUACGCCAGGGAGGGAAGCAUCCAGCCUUUCUUGUCAGAUGUUGCUGUGGCCGUGGCAUCAAGGCUCAAGAGUUUUCUCGCAGACAACCUGCUUGGGAAGCUGACGAAGCAUCAGCCCGAAGAAUUGAAGGCACCUCCAAUUGAGCCAGCAACCCAAGUGCCUCUCAGGUGCGGGAUCUACGACAAGCAUCGGUGGGGCGCCAGAAUCUGUCUCUCUCCCAACAAGCGGCUAGCGGUCAUCACCGACAGCGUUGGCAGGAUAGCUCUCUUCGACGUCUUCCAUGGCAAUGCACUGCGCAUCUGGAAAGGCUACCGUGACGCCGACUGUGGCUGGGUCGAAGUGGAAGACAGCUCCCCCGACACAAAGGUCAACGGCGUUCCCCGGAAGACGCAGUUCCUGGUGGUCUACGCACCACGCUGGGGUCUCGUCGAGAUCUGGUGCCCUCACCAGACCUCCAGGGUUGCUGCAUUCGAGGUUGGCAAGGGCGGGAGGUUGGUGUGCAACAACUACACCCUGAUGGGGCUGAACAAUGUGCUGGUGAAGACAGUGAAGCCCAACACCUACCCCUGCUGCUACAUCUCGGCCGAGGGUCAGCUGUACGCGGUGGCUGUCCCCUUCCACCGUGUUCUCAGUGAACGCAAUCGGGCCCGAGACUGGCAGCUUCUGAACGAGGUGCAGGGGAGCCUGAAAGAUGGAGAUGGUGUGCCCGAUGAAGCACAACUCGUCGCAAAGCUGUCUAGGUUAUUGAGUGACAUGAAGGCACCCAAUGUGCAACAACAGGCCCUGGAGAAGAUUGUGUACAGCAGCCGGGCAACUCUGCACGUGGUGACAAGCGUGAUCGGCGUUCUGGAGCCAAAGUUGCUGGAACAAGACGAGGAACAGCUGAGCUACGAUGCCAAGCUUCUGUGGCAGACCUGCCGGCGGCUGAGGCAACUCUGCCAGCUGCACAAGGCCGUGGACAGGUCGCACGCCGACGACUGCAUCCCGCCGCCGUUGAGCGACCCGACGGUGGAGGAGCUGGCGGAGGAGUUGUCGGUGCAACCGAAGAAGCUGUCCCGCAUCGCAGAACACGUGGAACGCUGCCAACCCCUGUGGCGUCGCGCGGACCGCAGGGUGACAUUUGGCGACGAGAACCCCGUCUCUCUUUCCGUCUUCUUGGACUGCUUCGAGGUCGGAGACAGCCACCUGGCCAAGGACGGGGACGAGGAGUCACCGCUGGAGGUGGCUCUCAAGAAGGACGCCGCCUGCGACCAGCUGGGUCACUUUUUAUUUUCACGAGCCCUGGCUUCAGAGGGCUGCCAUUCCUGCCUCCUGGAAUCCCUGGUCAAGUCUGGCAUUGCACCGACCGCACUGCUGCCCGGGCUAGCAUGCUUCCACGAAACAUUCUGCGGCAAAGAAACAUUACGCUUGACCUCUACACCCAGACUCAGCGAACCGAAAUGCAGUGCACGUUUCAUAUAUAGUGUUUGCUGGUGUGCCGCCUAG